GUGAACUCGAAAUGCCGCUGGUGAGUAAGAGGUUACGAUUUGAAAUAAUUGACGCUUAAAAGUAUGCUACAGUGAGAAUACUUGGAUUAUAUUUCUUAAUAUUUACUAUAAUUAUCGAAAAAAAAUAUAUACUUAUGAUAUAGCUUAUAGGUUAUAAUAUCAACAAACGUAUGCGUUUAUAUAAAGACGCCGAAAUGAAUCAGUGCUAUGUGGAGACCAGCAAUAAUAUUGAAUUCAUAAAAUGUAUUAUCAAAAUUCGCAAGAAAUUAUUGGCCGCGCUAAAUCAGAAUUGUUUCACAAUCUCAUCGUACUCUUCGCCGCCAGCAUGGCCAUGGCUGCACCCGCUGACGAAUCCUCUGCAAAGGAGAAGCGCGGCCUCACCUUGGGUCUGGGCUAUCAUGCACCAUUGCUAACACAUUCAACCACACAUCUGGUGGCACCAACUGUGUACCAUUCAGCACCGCUGUUGCAUGCACCUGUCAUACAUGCACCACUCAUUACGCACUCGGCACCAAUUAUCACCUCACAUGCCAUUUCACAUUCGAUUUUGCCCUCAUAUCACUUGCCAGCCUAUUCAUCGUUGCAUUACAAAUAAAUGCGUCAGAUGCGAUUUUUUGCUGUGCAAGGCAACAACAGCAAACAAAUUACAACAAAUUGGUUUACUAAAAUAAUGACAGAGGCAGAAAUCAAUGAAAUGAAUUAUGCAUUUUUUUUUUAAAUAGAUGGCAACACUUACACAUUAUUCACACUAUUCAAAAGCUUACUAUUUACAGUGCUUAUUAAAGGAUUAUUAUUGCACAAUAGUAUAUUUGCCGACGUGUUUUUUAUAGCAAAAUAAAUUCUUGUAUGUCUCAAAGCAGUGAAAUAAAGCCGCUUAUAUGUCAAUAAUAGCUACAGCAAAAACAACACCUUGUGGUUUCUUAUUUUCUUUGCUUUCUCUCCACAUUUUAUUUUAUUUUAUUUUCACUUUCAACUGUUUACUUUUCGUUAUUCUUUUUUUUAGCUUUUUUGUUUGACUGUUUUGCUCCUUCUUUCGCCUUUUGUAGAUUUUGCUGGUUUUUAUUUUUAAAAUCCCUUUGAGAUUUUGCGGCUCUGGCAUCAUGUUAAUGUAUAAUUUGUGGAUACUGUGUAUAAGCUAUAAUAAAGAGCUUGUUUGCUUGAUACUUUAGAUGUUUUUUAUGUUGCCCAGUGGAUUUGUGGAGGUGGUAAUAGCUAGUAAUAGAGAAGACUGAAAAAUACUUUUUAACUUUUUAUUUGCAGAAAUAGCAUUUAAAGUACUUGUUUACGUGUGAUUUUUGCAAAUUUAAGAAUACUGCAAAUUUACGGAUGUAGAGAAAAAUAAAGGUGUCUGGGGGAUAUGGAUUUCGUUAAAUCAAGGUCCAUUCCUGUCAUGGAUAGUGGGUUAAUAGAAGGUGAAAUAGGAACAUAUAUGCCUUUUAAUGUUAAGAAAUACAUUUUAGCUUUUGAAUUAUAAAACUAAGAAGAGGUUUCCAAGAGCUGAGAAUUCCAGAAAGCGACAAUGUGAAUAAUGAAAUCGGAUCAAACACAGAUUUGCGAAAACAGGCAUCUCCAUAGCAUGUGUCAAAUAAAAUGGGUUGGACGUGAUUUAAAGGCAAAAAAAAAAUGAAAGAUAUAAACACUUGAAGACGGAUCCCAACAUUGGCAACUCUGGAAAAUUUGAAACGUUGGAAUUUGCUAACUUGUAUUAAUUUUUUGUUGAAUAUUUAUAAAUCGGACAAUUGCCACGUCCACAAAAUGGUCAAAACCGAAAACAUAUAAAGUGUCAUAACUAAGCCAUAGAUAAAGUUAUAACAUCAAAGUGUAAAAAAUUUUAGUACAAAGGAUCACACUAGGAAGGGGCAUAUUUGAAUGUAAAUUUUUUGGGAAAGUGGGCGUGGCCACGCUCCCAAAUAUGUUUUUUGUGCAUAUCUCGUAUACAACAAAAGCUAUAUCAUCGAAAUGCUCUAGAAUCGUUUCUUUUAA